AUCCAACAUGGCAGAGCCGGACGCGGUGAAGAGUCUGAGCGCUUUAUUAAACGGAAUCGCUCAGAUCGUUUAUUACUAUAAAUCAGAGAUGACAGAGGAGCUGCUGAAGGAGGAGAUUUAUCCCGACAUGCCGCAGGAGGAGUUCCGCUCUCUGUUCGAGAGGAUGAGAGGGCUGUUAAAGUCUAUAGCCACGGCGGACAUGGACCAGGUGCAGUUGGAGGCCUUCCUGACAGCCCAGACUCGUAAGCAAGGUCCCGGCGGGGUGAGCUCCGAGCAGACGGCGGCCCUGUCUCGCUUCUGGAAGAGUCACCGCUCCCGGGUACGCGAGAGCCUGCUGGCUCAGAGCCGCUGGGAACCUGCGCUCAGGAACGUGAGUUGGAGGGUGGACCUGCAGACCGCCGCCAGCAGGGGGCAGACGUCCAACAGCCCCGUGGCGCUAGUGGAGCUCGAGAUGGGACGCAACGGCCAGGACUCGGAGUUCGUGUGUUUGGAGUUUGAUGAGCAGAAGAUUCGUCGGAUGCUGAAGACCAUGUCGGAGAUUCAGGAGCAGAUCGACGGUAUCGUACAUCGCGGCUAGAGUCUGUACCAUUCUGUUUAUGUGUAAAUUAAAAAUAAUAGCCGUUUUUUAUUGUCUUUAUAAUUGUACAUGUACAUGGCACAAGGAUCGGAUUGUUACUGAGAGCUCGUCGGGAGGAUCACGCUGUGCUUGUUGUGUUCUUCCACCCUUUCAGUACCAGUGUGUGUUAAUUUCCCAUUCAGGUUUUACUGGACUGCAGCGCCACCUAACGGCCUCUCCUUCAUCCUAAAGCCUUAAACUUGCUACAUAAUUGUUGUACAUAUUUAAUUUAUACUUAUUAACACUUAAUCAGUAAGACGAACACCAGUGGUGCUUUGUAACCAGUAUCUAACCAAGAUUUUUAUUAAAACAUAUAAUUUGUAUAGUUACAAUUGACAUUAUGCUGAAUUAAACUUGGUUGUUUUGUA